AUGCCAAACGAAGUGCUGGCGGAGCUGCGUGCUCUCCCAGGUAAUAAUGUGUGUGUAGAUUGCGGCGCUUCCCGCCCUCAGUGGGCUUCUGUGUCUUACGGCACGUUUAUCUGCUUGGAGUGUUCCGGAAAACACAGAGGACUCGGAGUCCACCUGAGCUUUGUACGCUCCGUCCAGAUGGAUUCCUGGACGGAAGACGAGAUCAAAGCUAUGCAGGUUGGUGGAAAUCAAUCCUUGCGCAGCUUCUUUGAGGAGCACGGAAUUUCGAACGAUGCAACAAUCCGUGAGAAGUACUCCAGCCCCGCAGCCGCGCUCUACCGUGAAAUGUACCUUCUGGCGUGUUCCACUUCUUAUUCCCAGCAUCAAAGCGAAGAUCCGAGGCGAAGAACCUCCGACCGAGCUCCCUGCAGACUAUGCCGUCUCAUCCGAAGAAACCCCGCAAGAUCGCCUUCGUUCCAAAUUCGGCGAAGAAGGUUUGGGGAGCCAAGUAAGUUUCCACGCGUUUUCUCAUCACUUCAGGGCUUCGGUUCGACCCCUGUAACCGCUUCGAACGAUUCGAACGCUCCGAAUUCUUCGAAUUCUUCGAACUUCGAUUUCGGUUUGCCCGAAAACGUCUCCAAAGCGCUCGGCGAGUAUCGUAGAAACGUGGAACCUGACGGUCAGGUUCGGGGAGUCGCUGAGCUCAGUGGGGAAUAGUGUUCUGCAGACGUGGCGGGAAACGGGAAUCCAGGAAAAACUGGAGAGCGGCGUUUCGGCGGUGAAGACGAAGCUGACGGACCCGGAGCUGCAGAAAGAAGUGAAGCAGAAGGCGCAGGAAGGAUGGAGCUGGCUGGCGGGAACGGCGACGACGUGGUGGAACGCGGCGGUGAACACGGCGAGCUCGAUUGCGAACGAGUUGGGAGAGAUGGUGGAUAUGGGAGGAGAAGGGGGAGAAGAGAAGAAAGAAGGGGAAGGGGAAGCGAAGUGAGGAAGAAUGAGUGAUUUAGGUGAU